AUGAUCUUAUAUGCAAAUAAAGCUAUUUUAUCGGAAGCAUCACCGAUUAUUAAAGCUUUUCUGGCCAUUGAACCCGACAGUACAUUCAUCAUCGAUGAAGAUGAUGAACAACUCAUUGCCACAUCAAUCGACGUUAUCGAUCUUCUGAAAUUUAUCUAUCCGCAAUUUACAGUUAAAAUAAACGAUCAGAAUAUCACAGGUCUCAUACAUUUAUCGGAAAAAUAUCUAAUUGAUACGCUUCGAAACGAAUGUAAAAAAUAUGUUUCGACAUGGUUACAUGAUUUGGAAUUAACAACAUUUGAUGACAAGAAAGAAUAUGUACCAAGACAUAUUCUCUAUAAAGAUGGAACACGAAAACAUAUUGCUUCUGAAAUAGAUACAUUAUGUGCUUGGUAUCAUGAAUAUUCGUCACGUGAUGAAAAUCUAUCAUCAAUGAUUCUCAACAUAUUGAAACAUGCACCGACUGAUGAUCUCGAACGCAACGAAAUUUUCAUGGGAAUAACUGAUCGUGAAAAAACGAACAUCUAUAAAAACAUUAGUGAAUAUUUAGAACAACAAACGAUAAUCGACAAAAAUCAUGUAGAGUCAUCAAGCGUCAUUCAUCAUAAGCAAUCAGCUUCUUUAAUGUUUGCAUCUGGUGACGGUUAA